AUGGCUGUCUUCUUCACCGCAACGACCGAUAAUAUCACGCCUCCUGUCUAUGCUUAUUCCGGGAACAGCCCUAUUUCAACAAGCUGGUUUCGUCGAGUCAACACUGCAAGUGCCGACAGCAGUUGGCUCUGGGGAUGGGCAUGGGGUGCAGAUAACACAGUGUCUGUCGUGGAUCGCUCGCCACCUGUCAGCUUCGUUUCCCGACCUGCCUCGUUUGGUCGCAUGAUCGAAGACGCGGUUAAUGGUUACGGUAUCCCUAUGAACGCUUUCACCAUGAGCUGCGACGAAGAAGAAAACGAUAAAAUUCCAAUAUGGAACCUUGAACCCAACUUGGGCUGCCCUAAACUCUGUCCUUCUGGGAACCAUAUGCCAGAGCCAGAGGAAAGUUGGAUCGCAAUUGUGCAGCGCGGUAAUUGCUCCUUUGUCGCUAAGGUACGAGAGGCACAACGAUUUGGUGCAAAAGCCGUCAUUGUCGGUGGCGACGACCCAGCGGUCACCGGUAAUCCAGAUGUACUUGUGAAUAUGUACAGUCAAAGUGACUCUUCGGAUGUGAAGAUACCCUCGACUUACAUUAAAUUCUCCGAUUAUUCGCGUCUAUCAAAUCUAAUUGCUUCCUCCAACACAUCAACGUCCGGGAUUAAAACUGUGUCCUUACAGAUAACCGCAGACUACGCCUCUUGGGAGUGGUAUUCACCUAUCUUAACAUUCAUUGUCUUGCUCCUUUUACCUUCCGCAUUGACCCUCACUACCCUGCUCAUCCACCGCAUCCGGGCUGCUCGUGCCGAACAACGGGAGCGCGCGCCGGAGGACGUCGUCAACCGACUGCCCUGGCGGGUGUGGACCGGAUCGGGCUGGGAGAAACACGAAGGUCCGGUUCCCUCUGCCAAAUUAAGCGCAGAUACGGAUUUGGAAUGUGGAGGUGAUUUGGACACAAUACUAGAACUGGCCGGCCAACAGGGGCAAUGUCCACCAUCUACAUCUCGGGACGACGAAGGCGCGGAAACUGAGUCUGUCAACCCGCCCUGGUUCGAUGCACAGACGGAAUGUGCAAUAUGCCUGAAUGAUUUUGCUAAGGGAGAUCGUGUACGCGUUUUACCUUGCAAGCAUAUUUUCCACCUCGACGAAGUGGAUGAGUGGCUCAUUCAUCGAAAGAAGCUGUGUCCUGUGUGCAAAGCGGACGUAACUCAACCUUCACACCCAUAUCAUCAUCUCGAACCCCUUCCUACUGAGCCGGUAAACUCAGAACCUGCAUCGCCUAGCACAUCGAACGAACGAACUCCUCUUCUUGCACAGCAGCGUCUUCUUCCCUUAAUCGGCCAUCCCGACACGUCACCUACGCGUAUGUCCACGUCUGCACCUUCUCACCCGCUUCCACCUCUCCAUCGGGAUGACGAGCGACCAUGA